CAACAAAAUGUUUUGUAAACAAACUGGACAGCAAGUUUUUUGACCAGCACUUGUAUUCUUGAAUAAAUUAUGUGGAAUAAUAUCAAAUUUAUUCAGACGGUAUAGAUUUUCUACAAAUAGUUAUGGAAUGUAUAUUCAAUUCGUUAUAAGCGUUGAAUCGUCAUUGAAACUGAUGACUGGAGAUGACCAGAUACUAAUUAAAAACUAAAUUUUUUCUGCAAAAUGGAAUGGUUAUGUAUCUUUAAUAUAUACAGAAGAAAAGUACAUUCUAGGGCAAAAUAAGUGUUGCUCUGACUCCAGCUGUUCUUGUUUAAGAGAGAAAACAUUAGAAAAUGGAGGCAUCUAAAGGAGGCAUAAAUGAAACGCCUUUGAUUGGUGAUUUGCAUAUUAAAGCAUUGGAUGCUAAUUUAAAUGACGGCCUUGAAACUCGAUUGGAUGAAAAGCGUUUUACCUGUGAAACUUGUGGCCAAACGUUUGCCCUCAAAUGUUAUUUAAGCAGGCACAUUCGUUACCAUACAAAUUAUUCAAACAAAAAACCUUAUUCUUGUGAUAUUUGUAGUAAAGCAUUUUCUUGGAAAUGUCAAUUAAAAGAACAUUUUCGUAUGCAUACAAAUGAAAAAUCUUAUUCUUGUGAUACAUGUGGCAAAACAUUUUGUCGUAAAAAUAAUUUAGUUGCACAUUGUCGGACUCAUACAAAUAAUAAACCUUUUUCUUGUGAUAUAUGCACUAAAGCAUUUUAUUUGGCAAGCCGUUUAAAACAGCAUUUGCGUACUCAUUCGAACGAAAAACCUUAUUCUUGUGAGAUAUGCAAUAAAGCAUUCUCUCAGAAAAAUUGUUUAAAGGAUCAUUUACGUGUUCAUACUGACGAGGAACCUUACACUUGCGCAGUAUGUGAGAAAACAUUUUUACUGAAAGGCUCUUUAAAGAAGCAUUAUCGCUCUCAUAAAAAAGAAAAAUAUUCUUGUGAUGUGUGCAGUAAAGAAUUUUCCGAGAAUAGUAGUUUCAUUCAGCAUUACCGUACUCAUACAAAUGAAAAACCUUAUUCUUGUGAUAUAUGCGGUAGAAAAUUUGCUCAGAAAGGUAAUUUAAAUCAGCAUUUGCGUACUCAUACAAAUGAAAAGCCCUAUUCUUGUGAUCUAUGCAGUAAGGAAUUUUCCCAAAAAAGUAGUUUAAAUUUGCAUUAUCGUAUACAUACAAACGAGAAACCUUUUUCUUGCGAUGUAUGCAAUAAAGCAUUUUCUCUGAAAAUCAGUUUAAAUAGACACUUGUGUACUCAUACAAAUGCAAAACAUGCCUUUGAUAUAUGAAGUAUGGUGUUUCUCGAAAGGUUUAUUUAAAUAUAUACCAUUGUGUUGAUACAAAUAAUGUAAGUUAUUUUUUUAUGUGUAUUGCCGAAAAUUUUCUUAGAAAUGAUACUUAAAUCGACAUAUGACUUCUGAUUGAAAGAAACACAAACCUCAUUCUUAGAAAGUUUGUAUUAAAAUAAAUGAAUAAAAAUUUCAAAAGAUUGUUUAACUUUGCAUUGUUUAUUUAUCUAUGGAAAAGAAUAAAAAAGUGAACAAUAUUUUGUGCGAUAAUAUGAAACCUCUUGUCGAGAAAGCAAAAUCUCUUUAUUGCUGAAUGAAAAAAUUGCUUUGUGAUUUAUUUGUAUUUGGUAUUCUGUCUUUAAGUAUAUUUUUUAUAUACGUUAUUGUAAUUAUGGAAAGAAAUUUUUUUUAUUGUUAUUUGUUAUUAUCUGAAUCAACACUAUUCUAUUCAUCAAAAUGUAGAACAUUGUUCUUGUGUUAUAGGCAAUAAAAAUUUUUCACAGGCAGUUAGUUCAUUUGCGUCUCUCUCAAGGUAUCGUCGGAGAUGUUGCAUCAUUUGGACGUUUCUUAUUUUCUAUUAUAAUAUUGUUUUUUUAAUCCUAAAGAAUUGUAUGAAGUCA